UCCUCCCUCCCUCUCCCCUCCUAACAUAUUUAAUAUUCAUUUAAUAUUAUUUAAUAUUUUAAUAUUUUAAUAAUUUGUAAUAUUAAGGAUUUUAUCGCAAUUGGGGGAAAUUAGAGGUGAGGAAGUUUGUGAGAUGAGUGACAGGAGUUGGAUUUCUGAGGAGAGUUCAGGUUCCGACUUGCAUAAAAGUAAACAAAGUUUAUCUAAUUCCAGUAAUUAUUCACUUCAUUCCUCUCAUACUUCCAAUAGGUCACCACACUCCAAAUCUUCACUACACUCUUACAGGUCACUACACUCUUACAGGUCACACAAAUCCAGGAGAUCUCACACUCGUAGAUCACACCGUACAGGGAGAUCACCAGAUAGAUCACGUCAUAGGAGUAAAUCACACCGUAGGAGUAAAUCACACCGUAGGAGUAGGACAUACCGUAGAGGGAGAUCGGGGGAUAGAUCAUACGGUAGGAGUAGAACACGCCGUAUCGGGAGUAUAGAUAGAAGUAGGAGAAGUAGUAGUAAUAAUUAUAGUCAGAAAAUAGCCGAAAAUAAACAUUAUAGAUCACAACAUCACUCCCACACUCCCACUCUCAACACCAACGAGAAGAAGAGGAAGUAUUACUAUCAACAGAAACCAAUCACACUCUCACCUGAGGAGGGUGAGAUAGAGGAGUUGGAGUUGGAGGAUGAGGACGAGGACGUGGACAAGUUCCUCGAGUCCAGACGACAGGAACGACAUAAACUCUUACUCAAACAUUCCAAACCCCUUCACACCGAUUUAUCACAUACUGAAUCCUCAGAACAAUCUCUACAGAGUGUACAAUCUUUACAGAAUAUAGAGAGUAUAGAGAAUAUAGAGAGUAUACAGAAUAUAGAGAGUAUAGAGAGUAUAGAGAGUGUGGAGGAAAAUAUGGUUGAGAAACCAGUUGAAGAAAAAGUAAGGGAAAAAAGAUGUCUAAACCCCUUUUCACUAUUAAUCUCACAUCUUAAUCCUAAUACUAGUGAUAAACAAGACCCGGGAACUCCAGACCCAGACAUUACAGACUCCGGAACGCCAGUACGGCAAUCUGAGGAGCCAGAUGUUAGUUUGGACAGUGCAAAAGAGUUGGAAGAUAUCUCACCCAUUUCAGUCACACUCUCUCCCAGAGACUAUACUCCCAGGGAUAUGACUCCUAGGAAUAGUACUCCUAGGAAUAGUACUCCUAGGGAUGAAACUCUUAGGGACGACACAGUAAAUGAGAUGACUGAUAUGACUAAUGACAUGACUUAUGUGUAUUCAGAUUUGCAGAAGAAGUUGAUGUUAGAGAAACAGAAGUUACGCAACUUCAUCAUCAACAUGAAGAGAUCCGAACAGGAUGAGUUGGAGUAUGAGGAGGACGAGGAUGACAUGGACAUGUUUAGUACAGCAGUAGACGAGAGUACGGUUAAGAAGAGGAAAGUCCUCAGGCGUGUUAUUACUAAUAAACUAGAAAAUCGCUCACUCGCCGAAAAUUGGAAUGAUUCCGAAGGGUACUAUCAGGCAAUGAUUGGUGAGGUGAUGGAUGACCGUUACAGUGUGAUAAGUGAGUUGGCUGGAAAAGGUGUUUUCUCUUCAGUAUUAAAGUGCUACGACUCGGUGGACAAUCUUAACGUGGCCAUCAAAGUCAUACGUAAUAACGACAUGAUGAUCAAGGCUGCGGAGAAGGAGAUGGACAUCCUCAGACGUCUUAACGAAACUGACAAAGAAGAUAAAAAACAUAUCGUACAACUACUAACCUCUUUUAAAUACAGAGGACACCUCUGCAUGGUCUUUCAUUGGUAUUGGGGAAAUCUCAGAUCACAUCUCAAACUGAACGGGAAGGGAUAUGGGUUGAAUAUAUCAUAUGUGCAUUCGUAUACGAGGCAAUUAUUCAUUGCGCUACGACACAUGAAAAAAAAUAAAAUCAUGCAUGCCGAUCUGAAGCCGGAUAAUAUAUUGGUGAAUGAGGGUUAUAAUAAGUUGCGGAUAUGUGAUUUGGGAUCUGCGAGUGAUGAGUCGGAGAAUGACGUCACUGCUUACUUGGUCAGUCGUUUCUACAGAGCUCCAGAAAUCAUUCUUGGCUGUAGAUACAAUUGUAAAAUUGAUGUCUGGAGCGCUGCCGCUACUAUCUACGAACUCGCCACUGGAGAUAUUCUCUUUCCGGGUCGUAACAAUAAUCACAUGUUGAAGUUGAUGAUGGAGUUUAAGGGGAAGGUCCCGAGUAAGAUGAUUAGGGCAGGUCAAUUCUCUUCACAGCACUUUGAUGAGAAUUUAGACUUUGUGUACACAUCCACAGAUCCUCUAACCAAGACCACGGUGACCAGGGUGUUACAGGACCUCAGACCCACGAGAAAUAUCACAGAUUGCAUCUUCGAGAGACAGCCCUGGACCAAAUCUAACUCACCCAAGAAGGAAAUACUCGUAAAGAAAAUCCGACAACUCGGCGAACUACUCGAAAAAUGCCUCGUACUAGACCCAAAUAAAAGGUUCUCACCCGAAGACGCACUUCAACACCCUUUCAUACGGAAUUAACAGGCUAUCAUAUGGAAUUAACGGGCUAUCAUAUGGAAUCUUUUACUGAAAUUGGUCA